AUGAAUAAGACCACACCCUCGCCGAGCCCCGUCCCCAAGGCUUCGCCAGGCUCGAAACCCUCUCUCUCCCCGACCGCAGGCACAAAGCGCAAGAGAAAUGCCACUGCCAAAUACUACGCCGUUAAGGUGGGACACAAACCGGGUAUCUACUAUGGAUGGAAUGAUUGUCUGGCUCAAAUAACAGGAUUCAAGGGAGCAAUUUUCCAAUCGUUCCCUUCACAAGAAGCAGCCAACGCGUUUCUGAAUGGUACCAAGCUUCCAGCCGAAUCACAGAGCUCGGAGAAUACACGAUUCUACGGAAUCCAAAGGGGCCGGGUUACUGGAGUAUACACAGACUGGACAACGGCACAGGAGCAGAUCCGUGGGUUUCCGCGACCUCGAUAUCGCAAAUUCUCCACCCGCGAAGAGGCGGAGGAGUUUGUACGGGAAGGACAAACCCAGCCCCCAGCCGGGUUCGGCGAGGCACCUGGACCUUCCGGUCCCCAUGGGAUAACCACCGAAAACCCCAAAGAUGCAGAAGGAGUCGACCUUGCGCCAGGCGACGGCCCAUUGCCGAAAGGGGCCGAGGAUGGAUUUGACCCCAACCUCCUCCUAGACCCAGUCACUGGAAAGGUGGUGUACAAGACCGCCCCCCAGAUGGCAGCGACAAAAAUGCAAUCAACAGGUAUCCCAGGGAUGCUCCGGAUAUACACCGAUGGCAGUUCAUUAAGGAAUGGAACCCCACUAGCAUCGGCCGGGGUAGGAGUAUACUUCGGGCCUGGAGAUUCAAGAAACGUAUCGGAGCCACUAAAAGGCAGUCGUCAAACAAACCAGCGUGCUGAAUUGACCGCGAUCCUUCGGGCGAUUGAUAUUGCCCCUCGGCACCGAGAUGUAACCAUAAUCACCGACAGCCGAUAUUCGAUUGACUGUGUUACUGUAUGGUUUAUCAAUUGGCGUCGCAACAAUUGGAUGACCCGAGACAAGAAGCCGGUCGAGAACAAAGACCUGGUUGAGUCGAUUCUGGUCAAAAUCGAGGAACGCAAUGACCUUGAGGUGAAGACCUUGUUUGAAUGGGUUAAAGGUCAUAAUAAAGACCCCGGCAAUGAAGAAGCUGAUAAACUAGCCGUCAAUGGAGCCCAAAGGGGGUUGUCUGCUAGAGCAGAGGCACUGCAUGCGGCUCAAGAGGUGCCCGAUGAAUCGUUUGAAGAUUUCUAUUAA